CAGCAACACUCUGUAUACUCUCUAGGAAGCAAUUGAUCAUCAAGCCAUGGAUUCCAUUUCCACAAGAGUUGUAAGAGCAAUCUUUUUGGUCAUGCUUCUACUCAUUGGUUUUAACUUGUUAAUAACCAUCAUUACUUCAGCUAAAGAUGACAGUGAGGUAAGUUUCAUUAAGAUGAACAUUAAUAUUUCAAGAAGGUUGCUGAGGGUACGACCAAUCUUAUAUAGGCCCAUUCCGCCCCGAGCAAAUAUAGGAAUACAUUACGGCGUUAUUGGAAGAGACAAAGGCUAUGGUAACCGUUACCGUAAUUCCCCCCCUGAAAGUCCAUCGUCACCUUUUCUAGCCCCUCCUCCAGUCGCUUGAUGAUGAUGUAAUUGUUUCCUUGGUUAACAAACUAUCACUUAUUACAAUUUCGACGGGUGUGACCUCUUUACCUUGGAUGCCCGUAUUCUAAUAUGUUGUAAUUGUUUCCUUGGUUAACAAACUAUCACUUAUUACAACCAUGAUGCAAUUGUUUCCUUGGUUAACAAACUAUCACUUAUUA